CUUGUUAUCAUCGAAAACCCAGUGGCUUCUACUUCCACACUCUUAGACUCUCAGAGAGCUUUCUCUAUGGCAGCCAUGGCUUCCACCGUAGUUCCCAAGCCUUCUCUCUUCGAGUCAUCGUAUCAUGGCAUCCCCUUAACCUCACACAGUAGCGUUCGCCUUCAACCUUUCAGGCUACCUGCCUCGCAGAAUCUCUCGGUCUCUAUGUCAGGCGCUUCACCUCCGCCCUACGAUCUGAACUCUUUCAGGUUCGAACCGAUCAAAGAGUCGAUCGUGUCUCGAGAGAUGACCCGCAGGUAUAUGAUGGACAUGAUCAGCCAUGCAGACACCGAUGUCGUCAUAGUGGGCGCUGGUUCUGCCGGGCUCUCCUGCGCCUACGAGCUCAGUAAAAAUCCCUCCGUUCAGGUUGCCAUCGUCGAACAAUCCGUAAGCCCCGGUGGUGGCGCGUGGCUUGGCGGCCAGCUCUUCUCUGCCAUGGUGGUGCGAAAGCCAGCCCAUCUGUUCCUGGACGAGCUUGGUGUUGAAUACGACGAGCAGGACAACUAUGUGGUAAUCAAGCACGCUGCUCUGUUCACAUCCACCAUCAUGAGCAAGCUGCUGGCUCGCCCCAACGUGAAGCUGUUCAACGCCGUGGCGGCGGAGGACUUGAUAGUCAAGAACGGCAGAGUUGGCGGCGUUGUCACUAACUGGGCUCUGGUGUCCCUGAACCACGACACUCAGUCCUGCAUGGACCCUAAUGUCAUGGAGGCUAAGGUGGUGGUCAGCUCUUGCGGUCACGACGGCCCUUUCGGAGCCACGGGGGUCAAGAGGCUCAAGAGCAUCGGGUUGAUCGAUAGCGUUCCAGGAAUGAAGGCUCUGGACAUGAAUGCCGCUGAAGACGCCAUUGUUAGGCUCACCAGGGAGAUUGUUCCUGGGAUGAUCGUUACUGGCAUGGAAGUCGCUGAGAUUGACGGCGCCCCAAGGAUGGGUCCGACAUUUGGAGCGAUGAUGAUAUCAGGGCAGAAGGCAGCUCACCUUGCGUUGAAGUCACUGGGGCUUCCCAAUGCUGUGGACUGCUAUGUGGGAAAUAUCCACCCAGAGCUUAUGCUCGCUGCUGUUGCAGAUUCUGCUGAGAUCGCAGAUGCUUGAAACCUCAUUCUGAAUUCCCAGAACUAAAGAAUAUAAUGCUAGUUUGAUUAGUUGUUGGGGGGGGGGGUGGUAAU